AUGCUCCGCUGUGACGACCCGACCUGCACCUGCCAACCAGCGCCCCCCAAGCCCAACCGCCAAAUCCAACUAACUCUCCACGACUCCUCCACCUCCAACACAAUCGCAAUCCACCACGCCGACGCAGACCUCGAUAUCGCUUUCGACAUUAUCAAUAUAAGGCUCGUUCUGCAGGAGACUAUCUAUCGUGUUCUUCCUCAUACCCCUUCUUCCACUUCUGGUGGUGGUAGAGAGAUUAAUACAUCAAGGACUCCGCUUCCGAAACGGCCUGUUUCGUGGACGUUUAGUAUGAAUUUCCCGAUAUCUACUACCCGCAACACCAAGAACGGCACCAAGAGCAACACUCAGAACAGCAUCAAGAAUAAGAGCAAGAGCAAAAUCAACAGCAACAGCAACAGCAGCGGCGGAACCACCCUCCACUUCGCCAACCUCAUCGGUCUAAACGAUAACUCCCUCCUCCUAACCCUAACCCUCCAAACCACACCCUCCGAAACAGGAGCAGGGCCCUCGAAAAAAGCAACCUCCAAGAGUGUCUCCACCUCCCUCUUCUGCAUGCCCAACAACAUCAUCAACACCAACAUCAUCAACACCAACAACAACAACAGCAUCAGCAUCAACAGAAGGAGGGCAAGGGGAGAAAAGUACAAAUGCAAAUCUUCCUCCCCGCAGAAAGACUCCACAGCUGGCGAACAGUCGCUCUCAUCGUGA